CCCUCCUUCCUUCCUUCCUGCAGCCUCGGCCCUUCUGCCGUAAAAAGAAAAAAGAAAAAAGAAGGAAGGAAGAUGAGAAGCAGCCGCGCGCCGACACCAAGGAGCCGAACCGGAACCGAGUCCAGAACCGCAGAAUGAGUCCAGAGGAACCAUGGCAGAGGCGUGGCUGCUGACGGACCGGAGAUCAGGUGCUGUUCCGCGGCCCUGAAGAGACCCGGAGCCGCUGGAGAGACCCGGAGCCUGGAGGAUCUGCAGGGCCGAACCGAGCCGAGCCGAACUGUCCUGAUGCUCAGCGGCUGUCUGCAGGGCUGAAGACCGCACCGUCCCUGAAACCAGAGCAGACCCCCCACAGCAUGGAGCGCUCCGGCAGCGUCCAGCUGGACAUCCCAGACUUCAGUAACUCGGUGCUGUCUCACCUGAACCAGCUGCGCGUUCAGGGCCGUCUCUGCGACAUCGUGGUCAACGUGCAGGGCCAGAGCUUCCGGGCGCACAAAGUCGUCCUCGCCGCCAGCUCGCCGUACUUCCGCGACCACAUGUCUCUGGGCCAGAUGAGCACCGUGUCGCUAACGGUCAUCAGGAACCCCUCUGUGUUCGAGCAGCUGCUGAGCUUCUGCUACACCGGGCGCCUCUGCCUGCAGCUGGCCGACAUCAUCAGCUACCUGACGGCCGCCAGCUUCCUGCAGAUGCAGCACAUUAUUGAUCGCUGCACGCAGAUCCUGGAGGGGAUCCAUCUGAAGAUCAGCCUGGGGGAGGAGGACGAGGAGGGGGAGAGUCGAGGGGGGAGAACGCUGGAGGCCGCGGUGCGAAGUGGAGCGAAUCACUCCGGGUUGAGACUGAUCAGCACCAGAGGGCAGAGAUGGCAGAAGUACACACAUCCUUUACUCAAGGGGGCAGCAGAAUGUGAGGCCAUCAGCCCAGCAGAUGAUCCUCUCAGCCCUCCGCCCCCCGUGGAGAACAGCGGGAUGGAGGGAGGCUCGUCCAUCACCACCAUUAACGCAGGUCGCAAAGAACCGAUCCUCCGCAUCAACCGGGCCGGGCAGUGGUUCGUGGAGACCAGCAGCGAGCCGGAGAGGACCGGCAGCUCGGAGGAGGGCGGCGGCACCGAGAGGGUCCGGAUCAAGACGGAGAGGAUGGAGGAGUGGGGGAAUCAGGAGGAAGAGGAAGGAGAGCCAAUAGGAGAGGAGACCACCGUGAUGAUCGACACCUCGGGGAGAAGCACGCUGGUGACCGGGCCCAACGCUCAGCCGUCAUCCAGCUUCAGCGAGACGGACAGGUUCAGUCCCAUAGGCAGUGUCGUCGUCCUCGCCGAGCGUCAGAGAGCGAAGAGUGAGUCUCCGAGCCGAGCGGACGAUCUGCGACCGCCUCAGGGCGAGGAGAACGCCUCCUUCGAUAUGGGCGGCUACGAGGACUACCUGAGGGAGCAGGUGGGCGACCGCUGGUUCCGCUACAACCCGCGUCUCACCUGCAUCUACUGCUGCAAGUCCUUCAACCAGAAGGGCAGCCUGGACCGCCACAUGCGGCUUCACAUGGGCAUCACGCCCUUCGCGUGUCGCAUCUGCGGGAAGAAGUACACGCGCAAGGACCAGCUGGAGUAUCACAUCCGCAAGCACACGGGCAACAAGCCCUUCCACUGCCACGUCUGCGGCAAGAGCUUCCCCUUCCAGGCCAUCCUCAACCAGCACUUCCGUAAGAACCACCCGGGCUGCGCUGCCCAGGAGGCCCAGAGCGCGUCGCCAGAGACCACCACCACUUCCGUGACCUCCAGAGGGAGGCCCAGCGACGAGGCCUCACCCAGCCAGGAGGAGGGAGAGGGCGGGGGGGCGUACGGAGAGGGACCCCAGGCCUCUGUCUCCACCACGGGGCCCGACUAAACCCCUGAACUGUCUCCGCUUUAAACCGCAUCUACCUUCACAAAGCUACCCAACAGAUGAAGCUAAAUGAAGAAACGCCACACACUCCAACAACCUCAGUCGCCACGCCACGUGGGUCUUUUACGUUACAGAUUUCUACUUUUAUAUUUACAGUUACAGGUUCAACAGACAAACGGCUCAGUGCCAGAGCAACACUAAAACCUUCAUAUCUGCCUCGAGACAAUCCAGAGCGGCGCGGUUAAUAUUCAUAUUUAUAAAAGUAAUCCUGCGCGCUCUCUAAAGUGCCACAGCGGCGAUAAAACAUUUAGAUGCACAAAAAGUCAGACUGUUAAAGUUCCUGUGUGAUCAGAGUUCCUUUCUCAUGAAGCUUAGUGGGAAAACAUUUCACACUAAUUAUCUCUGUGCUAACCAUUAGUUUAAUUUGCAUUAUAAAUACAGUGAUCAUUUGCUCUUUAAAUGAUAGAUCUAGGAGAGUAUCUCCACAGAGUCCAAGGAGACAUCUUCAAAUAUAUGUUUGUGUCUGAUCGAAGAGUGUAACUUUAUUGUUAGAAGAUAAAGAAAAACAUUAACUGUCUAGAAGAGCACUUUACCAAGACCAGUUAACACAAGUUAUACAUGUUUCAUGUCUGCACCUCCCUAAGAUUCAUCAAAAUGGGGCCAGACAAACAUAACCUCCUUGGAAUUGGUGUUACUAAUCUCAUCUAAAAAUAAUCUCGAUUUAAUAUUCUAAAGACAUGGUCCACUAACUUUCCUAUUCCCAGAGCUUUCCACUGGUUCCCUCGGUCUUCUUUAGAGAAUCCGACCUGCUCAGCUGUCAUCAGGUAAUCUAGGUAAAGGACUUUAACCCUCAUUUAUUAAAGUCCAACGUUACCUCUGAGCCUGGUUAACGCUGAGAGGGAAGAAGGCCAUGGGAGGAAAGCUCCAAUGAUUUAGUUUCAAUCAUCAGGUAAAGAACUCUGAUCACAUGGGAUUACCUAAUUUGGCUGUAAAAUAAACAAUUCAGAUUUAUUGAUUGAUAGUUAGGGCUGUACCGAACACAACAAAACUAAUAAUAUUAUAUUAUUAUUGCAAUUCAAUUUCAGAGGUAGCUGCGUACAAAUGUUUCAAUAUUUUCCAAUAAAUCCAGAGCGUUGGAAAGACCAAAGUCAAAAACAUUGUUAAAACUAUUCACAACAUGUUUUUAUCCAACCAAAAUAGAGUAUAUACUGUAGGAAUUUUUUUUUUAAUCAGAACCAGGAGUAAUUACAUAAGGUGUUCCUCAGGGAUCCAUAUUUGGACCCCUAAUUCUUUAUCCAAAAUAUGUAAAUUAUAUAUUUUAAAUCUGCAGGUGAUUGUGAGCUCCUUCUGAAUGCUGACAAUUCAGUUUGCAUUUACUUUAAAAAGUUUGAUUUUCACAACAUUUCACAAAGUUUUUAAAAAUAAUAGACUAGAAUAUAUUGAAGAUAUUAAUGGCAUCACAUUGGAUCCAGGAGAAAUCACAUCUGGUGUUCCUCAGGGAUCAACCUUAGGACCACUGCUGAUAAUCUGAUAUACGUCAAUUAUAGUUAACCUGGAGUUGAUUGGGAGCUCUUUGUGUAUGCUGACGAUUCAGCUUUUAAAAUUAAAACUGUCUUUGGUUUGGAUUUAUUCAAAAAGUUAGAUGCAAUCAUUUCCCAAAUUCACAAAAUAUUUGAUCCAACCAAAUAUUAUGCGUCAAAACCAUAUCUUUAACUGUUAAUCUUGUUCCCCUUGCUGUUAAGAUAAGAUAAGAUGGACCUUUAUUAAUCCCUGUGGGGAAAUUCAGUAGUUUAACAGCAACAGGGUGAGAAUGAAAAACAGGACAGCACAGAUGCAGACAAGAUUAAAUACAAUUAAAGAUUACUAUUAUAUACAGGUAAGUAACUUUUACAAUAAGAAUUAAAUGAACAUAUAGACAUAUUUGAGUCAUAUAUACAUAUUAAAUAUAUUUACUUGUAUGUAAUCUAACAGCACCAUAAGUACAUUUAUACGACCACAAUAAUCAAACACUGAACACUAACGCUCGGUACAGCCCUGCAGAAACCUUGUGAGGUUCUGGUGCACCUGGCAGCCUGUUGACGAAGAUAAGCUACACCGCUCAGUUACCUCUCAUCACGACGCAAUACAGCUGCUGCCCCGCACAGCACCACCGGGGGGCGCUCUCACCACAGGGCCCCCAGAGACUUCUCAGAUAUUUUUAUAAAAAAGCAUGACUUCUUCUUCUUUCUUUUUUCUUUUUUCUUGGACACUUUUUUUGCUCUGACAAUGUGUGUAACGAACGAGGAGGCCGAGUCACGACCCGACCGGGAACUUAUUGUUUGGGACGCAUUAAAUCUGCUGCACGUCCGCGAGGGAAACGGGGUUUAGCUAGGGGGGGUUAGAAAGAUCGAUAUAUCUUAUAAUAUCGUUUACAUUCAAAGACUCCUCUCAGACGUCGGCUUAUAUUUGAGUUAAAACACGUUAGAUAUCUGUCCUGUAAUUUGUCUUUUACGAUUUGAUGUACAUCGUAACGACAAGGAGUCGCGUAAGGGAAGAAAAGUAAACAUUAAAACUAAGAUGCUUUUGUCGAUGUAUUCUUUAUACGCAGAUAGUUAGACGUAUAAUUAGUUGAUUAGUUGAAGAUCUCAAUACACUUUAUUUUCCCGAGCUGCUAUUAAAUAUUAUUUUCC